AUGAUUGCGGUGUGCUUUUUGCUGGCUGCCUUGCUACAUGCGGAUAUGAACAGUCGACCACUGUUUGACACACUCUGGAUGGCUGGGCUCUUCCUCAGUGUCGUCUCUGUGCUACCUCAGUUGUGGCACAUCAAUCAGACGGGUGGAGUGAUCCAAGCGUGCACAGGACACUAUAUCGCCAUGCUGGCCACGAGCCGUGCCCUGAGUGGCAUCUUUAUGUGGCACGCCCGCUUCGACAUCACCUGUCUCCCAUUGCUGGAGGGGCUCAACCACGCAAUUUGGGCCAUUCUGGGUGCUCACAUGCUACACCUCCUACUGCUGAUCGAUUUUGGGUACUACUACGUCAAGGCGGUGACGCAACAAGGAUUGGACUUCAAGAUCGAGCUGCCAUGCGCCGACAUGGUGUGA